UGGCGAAAGAUGGCGGCGCCCAGGGCUGCGGCGUGAAAGUGGUUUGUGAGGAGACUCGGUGCCAACGCGCUGGAAUCAAACAGUGGGGCCGCGCGCCAUGUCGCGACUGAUCGUGAAGAACCUCCCGAAUGGGAUGAAGGAGGAGCGGUUUCGGCAGCUGUUCGCUGCCUUUGGCACGCUGACCGACUGCAGCCUGAAGUUCACCAAAGAUGGCAAGUUCCGCAAGUUUGGCUUCAUCGGCUUCAAGUUCGAGGAAGAGGCCCAAAGGGCACUGAACCAUUUCAACAAGAGUUUUGUUGACACGUCCCGCAUCACGGUGGAGUUCUGCAAGUCAUUUGGGGACCCAACAAAGCCACGAGCCUGGAGCAAACAUGCCCAGAAACCAAGCCAGCCCCAGCAGCCUUCAAAAGGCAAAGACUCCGCCCCCCUGGAAACUAAGAAAGACAAGAAGAAGAAAAAGGCAGCAGGUGAACUGGAGAAGCUGAAGGAAGACACCGAGUUCCAGGAAUUCCUGUCGGUUCACCAGAAGCGGACACAGGUGGCAACUUGGGCCAAUGAUGCCCUGGACGCAGAGUCCUCAAAAGGGAAGAGCAAGCUGGCCAGUGACUACCUGAACUUCGACUCCGACUCGGGCCAGGAGAGUGAGGAGGAGGGAGCUGGGGAGGACCCAGAAGAGGAGGCCGGCCUUGAACCAAAGGCAGCUGUGCGGAAGGAGUUGUCGGACAUGGAUUACCUGAAAUCCAAGGCGGUGCGGGCCGUGUCACUGUCCUCGGAGGAGGAGGAGAGUGAGGAUGAGGCUGUGAACUGUGACGAGGGGAGUGAGGCUGAGGAGGAGGAUUUCUGUGCCGCCCCCACCCGGCAGGACCAAGAGAGGACAGGGCCGGGCCCAGAGCAAGGGACCCGGUCUGGGAACAAGAAAGCACAGGAGUCCAGAGCCCAGACAGAGAAGCCAGCAGUCCAGAGGGAACCCAGCACCCCUCACACCGUGAAGCUGCGGGGAGCCCCGUUCAACGUCACAGAGAAAAAUGUUACUGAGUUCCUGGCGCCCCUGAAACCCGUGGCCAUUCGGAUAGUGAGAAAUGCUCACGGGAACAAAACAGGGUACGUCUUUGUGGAUUUCAGCAGCGAAGAGGAAGUGAAGAAAGCCUUGAAGUGCAACAGAGAAUACAUGGGUGGCCGCUACAUCGAGGUGUUCAGGGAAAGGAACGUCCCCGUAGCCAAGGGGCCCCUCAAGAGCAGUCCCAAACCCUGGCAAGGCCGGACACUCGGAGAGAACGAGGAGGAAGAGGACCUGGCCGACUCGGGGCGGCUAUUCGUGCGCAACCUGCCCUACACCAGCACCGAGGAGGACCUGGAGGGGAUCUUCUCCAAAUACGGUCCCCUGUCUGAGCUGCACUAUCCCAUUGACAGCCUGACCAAGAAACCCAAGGGCUUUGCCUUUGUCACCUUCAUGUUCCCCGAGCACGCCGUGAAGGCCUACGCGGACGUGGAUGGGCAGGUGUUCCAGGGUAGGAUGCUCCACGUGUUGCCAUCCACCAUCAAGAAGGAAGCCACCGAGGAUGCCACGGCUCCGGGAUCAUCCUCAUAUAAGAAGAAAAAGGAGUCCAAGGACAGGGCCAACAGCUCCAGCUCCCACAACUGGAACACGCUGUUCAUGGGCCCGAACGCUGUGGCUGACGCCAUCGCGCAGAAGUACAGUGCCACCAAGAGCCAGGUGUUCGACCACGAGACCAAGGGCAGCGUGGCUGUGCGAGUGGCCCUUGGGGAGACCCAGCUUGUCCAGGAAGUACGGCGCUUCCUCAUCGACAACGGGGUCAGCCUGGAUGCCUUCAGCCAGCCCGCUGCAGAGCGAAGCAAAACUGUCAUCCUGGUAAAGAACCUGCCAGCAGGCACCCUGGCGGCUGAGCUGCAGGAGACCUUCGGCCGCUUUGGCAGCCUGGGCCGCGUGCUGCUGCCUGAGGGCGGCGUCACGGCCAUCGUGGAGUUCCUGGAGCCCCUGGAAGCCCGCAAGGCCUUCCGACAGCUGGCCUAUUCUAAGUUUCACCACGUCCCCCUGUAUCUGGAGUGGGCUCCAAUGGGCGUCUUCUCCAGCUCAGCCCCACAGAAGGAGGGACCCCAAGACACACCGGUGGAACCCUUGGAUCCAGAAACUGAACCAGACAGUGAGACCUCGGAAGGUGAGAAGCCAACAGAGGAAGGAGCAGCCGACUCUUCGUCAAAGACAGAGGAGGAGGAGGAGGAGGAGGAGGAGAGCCUUCCCGGGUGCACCCUGUUCAUUAAAAACCUCAACUUCGACACCACUGAGGAGACGCUGAGGGCGGUGUUUUCCAGAGUGGGCGCCGUGAAGAGCUGCUCCGUUUCCAGGAAGAAGAGCAAAGCAGGAGUGCUGCUGUCCAUGGGGUUUGGGUUUGUGGAGUACAGGAAGCCAGAGCAGGCCCAGAAAGCGCUCAAGCAGCUCCAGGGCCACGUCGUGGAUGACCACAAGCUGGAAGUAAGGAUUUCGGAACGAGCCACUAAGCCAGCCCCGACAUCUGCUCGGAAGAAGCAAGUUCCCAGAAAACAGACGACCUCCAAGAUCCUGGUGCGGAACAUCCCCUUCCAGGCCGAUAGCCGGGAGAUCCGCGAGCUCUUCAGCACCUUCGGGGAACUGAAGACUGUCCGCUUGCCCAAGAAGAUGACUGGGACAGGCACGCACCGGGGGUUCGGCUUUGUGGACUUCCUCACCAAGCAGGACGCCAAGCGAGCCUUCAACGCCCUGUGUCACAGCACCCACCUGUACGGCCGGAGGCUGGUCCUGGAGUGGGCGGACUCCGAGGUGACGCUGCAGGCGCUGCGGCGGAAGACGGUCGAGCACUUCCACGAGCCCCCGAAGAAAAAGCGGUCUGUGGUGUUGGACGAGAUCCUGGAGCAGCUGGAAGACAGUGAAAACGACAGCGAGGAGCAAACCCUUCAGCUGUGAGCUGGCACCGAGAGGGUCGUUGGAUAACGGUGCUCACCUGGGAGGGGAGUGGUGGCUGCCUUUCGUGGAGCAGAGUGAGAGGCUGUACCUUCCACCCCGAGUGCCCGGACAACCUCCUGCCUCCAGACCCCGAGGGGAGAGCCCACUUUCUCCGUCCAAGCCCCACACUGACCUCGUGCUGCAGAGUAAACUUGGAACUUGCACCCAUCAGAAGCCGCGGGGAGCGCGUCCUGGCUCCAAACCAGGAGUGGAGGUGGCCGGGAGCGAGGAACCCGGCCCCUGUGCCUGCGUGGCUUUGACUUUCCCCCUCACCUUUGAUGUGUGUAUCGGAUUCUUUUUUCUAAAUACAAAACCAAGGUGCCUUUUCAGC